AUGCUCGGGGAUGAGGAACAAAUUACCAAACCACAGUGUGAAUAUUAUACGAAAACUAAUUUAAAAGACUAUUUAAAUGAAGAAGAUGAUUCUUUUAAAAUAGGUUGUGCCAAUGCUUAUAGUCAUAUAACAAAUAUCCAUUAUCAUCCUGAUAAAAAUAUAAUAUCUGCAUUUUGUGAAUAUACCAAUUACUGGUUCUAUGGUAAGUUGAAAUCAACUGAUAAAAUUACAUAUAAUGAGAAGUUAUUGCAAGAAUUUUUUAAGGGAAAUGGUAAUUUAGAGUAUUGCGUAGGUCAUACGGAAGCUAUUGACGAACAUACAUAUAGUUACCUUAAAAAAUUAGAAAAAUUGUAUGAGAAAUUUUAUAUUUUUGAAAAAAAACCUUCAACUCAAGUUCAUAAUCGUUGUGAGAAAGGUGAUGAAUGUGUACAAGGUUAUAAGAAACACAAGAGUACAUGUAUUGAAAAUGGUAACAAUAGAUUUUGUAAUGAAUUAGAAAACUUUCGAGAUCUAUUUAAUACUCAUCUUAAAUCACAAACUGAGUGCAAACACAUAGGAGAAUUACCAUCCUUCCAAGGAUCUUCACUAGCUGCUACCAUUUCAAUCCCAGUUUCUGUAAUGUCAGUAAUAUCUUUCUUUUCAUUUGUUAC